AUGUCUCUCUUCGAAUGCUGUUCCCCUGAGUUCGGUGUCGACUUCGCUUCGUCGUUGACACUCAACCCCAUCGCAGACCCUGUCGAUGUUCCCUUCCGCUUCCGCGACUUGCCCAAGGAACUUCGCUUUAUGGUCUACGAGCAUGCUUUGUCACUCGAAUCAAUCGACAAGUACUGCGGUGACUAUCUGGAACUUUUGUGCACCACAUCUGACACCCAAAAGCCUGCUCCCGAGGUUGAGAAGGUCUGCCCAUCUAUUCUUUUGGUCAGCAAGGAUAUCACCGAGGAAGCUCUUCCAAUCCUGUACAAGACUCCUCUCAACUUGUCAUUUGGUGUCUUCAAGGCUCAUGUUCAAGACCUCAUCGCACCUGAGCUACUCCACAACCUUCGUUACAUCAACAUCUCGGACGCCGGGACUCGUCACCUCAACCCACCUCCCCACGACUGCUUCAGAGGUCUUUGCUAUACCGUUGUCGAGCUCGCUACCAUCCUCAGAUCCGGUCACUCGCUCAAGUCUUUCACUCUGGACUACACUUCAGAUUACCUGUCAAUCCAUCUCAAGGACUGCCUCAAUGUCAAGGACAAGGCCUGUGGCAUCAAGACUUGGUCUCAAAACUUGCUCAGCUCUAUCAAGGAGCUCCACAACAUCAAGCAAGUCUCCAUCUCCCUCGAAUGGUCUGAGGAGGUGAAGCAGGAGGCUAUCCGCUCCAUGAAGGGUCCAGCUGUUGGUUUCCUCAGACUUCCUCUUGAUGUUCGCCAGAAGAUCUAUGGUUAUGCUGCCGACCACAACGAUGGUUCUCGUGCUCUCAGACGUGCUACUAAGCAGCUUGCAUUCAAGCUAACCCAUCCCAGCAACGAAGACCCUACCUUCGACGAUCUGACCACUCCCAACAUUUUCCUCUUGAACAAGCAGAUCGAGUCCGAAGCCUCGGAAAUCAUCUACUCCAAGCCCUUUGAGAUCAGUGGCCUCUUCCCCAUGGUCAACUGCACAUUCCUCAAGCUCGACGACUUCUUCGGCCUCCACAUCUUCAGAAAGAUCCGCCAUUUGAAAUUGUCGUUCACUGAUCACAACCACCUGGCCAUGCUUCCCACCAUCGCGGCCGUGCUCAAGCGCCGCCGCAGAAACAAGUUGCAGUCGCUUCACCUGCACUUCGCCGAACCUCGCUCCAAGCGCUUGAUCCUGGCUGCCGAAGAGUACUACCCAGACAAUGUCGUCUACAGCUGCAUGCGCAGCUUCAACUACCUCAGAGGCUUUGUGGAGAAAGUUCGCAUCACUGGAACUCUGCCUCAGUGCUUCACUGCUCCUAUCAUCCACAACAUGGGACUGUCGUGCUUGUCGGGUCAGCCCAAGCCCGUUCAGGUGGUCAACGUCUGGGGCCAUGUAGUUGACGUGCAUGUGGUCCAGGGCACGGCUUUCUUCAGACAGAGCCGUGGUAUUCUUGUUGAAUCUACCGGUAUGGAGCGCAUCGAGAUCGAUUAA